AUGAAGUUCUCCAUAUCCCAAUUCCUCGUCGUCGCCCUGGCUUCGACUCAAGUUGCUGCCAGCACUUGGUUCAAUAAAGCCGUCUACAACAAGUGGCACGAAACUGAGCUUGAGCGUUGGUUGUCUGAUCAUGACGUUCCAUAUCCUACCCCAGCCGAUCGAAAAGAUCUUGAAAAUCUAGUCAAGGACAACUGGCAAUCCAAAGUGGUCGACCCACUCUCGUCGACUGGUCAACAAGCAACCGACAACUAUGGCAGUGUCAAGGAUUGGAUUUUUGACAGCUGGACUGAGUCAAGCCUGAAGUCUUUCCUUGAUCAUCACGGUAUUCCUGCACCUCAACCAAGAACCAGAGACAGCUACUUGGCCGCUGUUCGUCAAAAUUACGAAUCCGCCGCAAAGAAGGCUGGCGAGUAUGCUUCGUAUCCUGGUGACUGGUUGUACGCAUCUUGGUCCGAGUCUGAUCUCAAGGAAUACCUUGAUGCUCGCGGCUUCCCCGUCCCUCAACCUACCACUCGUGACAAGCUUAUUGCUCAUGUCCGCCGCAAUGCCCGUCUGUCCUCUAUCAAUAUGGCUUCUGCUGCCUCCGCUGCUAGCGCCUCCUUCUCCAGUGGUUCUUCAGUUGCCAGCAAGUCUGCUGCAAGUGCUCAAGCCAGUCUGAGUGAUGCUCUCUUCAAUGCCUGGUCCGAUAGUCAACUGAAGGAAUUCCUCGACAAGAACGGCGUCCCAGUUCCUCAAGGAAGCAAAAAGAAUGAAUUGAUUGCCCUCGCACGCAAGCACAAGGCCGAGAUUGAUAGCAAAGCGUCCACUGCGUCUGGUUCUGCUGCAUCAGCUUUCGGUGCCGCUACAUCUUCUGCUGGUAAUCAAUUCGCCAAGGCCACUGAUGAUGCCGCCCUCAAGGCCGAAGACGUCUUCAACACCGGUGUCAACUCUUGGUCCGAGUCCCGCUUGAAGGCAUUCCUUGAUUCUCGAGGAGUCCCAGUCCCUCAAGCCGGUAAGCGUGACGAGCUCAUCAAGCAAGUCCGCCUGAACCGACACAAGGCCGCUACCGGAUGGUCUGCCUGGACAUUUGAUACAUGGACUGUUGAGAAUCUGCAGAAGUAUCUCGAAGCCAACGGCAAGAAGUACAAGAAGAAUGCCAAAGCCACCCGCGAUGAUCUGGUCAAGCAAGCACAAGACAACUUUGCCUCAGCCUCCAAGAGUGGUGGUGCCAACUACGCCUCCGCCACAAACUAUCUUGCCAAACAAACUGAUGCUGCAAAGGACACCUCGUUCGACACCUGGUCCGACAGCGACUUGAAGUCCUAUCUCGACAGCUAUGGUGUGCCCAACUAUCAAGGCUCCACCACCAAUCAGCUCCGCGCUGAGGCCAAGAAGCAUGCCAACUAUUUCCGCUACGGUACCUCAACACCUACCGGUACCAUCUUCGAGCGUCUUAAGAGCGGCCUUCAGUACCUUUUGGGCCAGGGAUCAAGCUCUGCCUCAUCGGCCUAUCCUUAUGCAUCCUCUUCUGCGAGUUCCGCUGCCAGCAUUGGUUCCAACAGUGCCUCAUCCGCAGCCAGUGUUGCAUCUAAGAGCGCCUCGUCAGCUGCAAGUGUUGCCUCCAAGAGCGCUUCCAGUGCUAAGAAGGAGUUGUAA